CCCAGCGUGGUGCUGGUGACCUGCGACUCCUUGGAUGGACGCUUGACAUUUAAUCCAGGAAAUCAGACUGUGGAUUUGCCUUUCAUAAAUUUUAUGAAAAGACAUGGCACUGUGUUUCUCAAUGCCUACACCAAUUCUCCAAUUUGUUGUCCUUCCCGUGCAGCUAUGUGGAGUGGUCUUUUCACUCAUUUAACAGAAUCUUGGAAUAACUUCAAAGGUCUAGAUCCAGAUUAUGUGACAUGGAUGGAUCUUAUGGAGAGGCAUGGCUACCACACACAGAAGUAUGGGAAGUUGGACUAUACUUCUGGACAUCAUUCAGUAAGUAACCGUGUGGAAGCCUGGACUAGGGAUGUUGACUUCCUGCUCCGCCAAGAAGGGAGACCCAUGGUAAACCUCACUGGUGAUAGGAAGCAUGUGCGAGUGAUGGAAGCAGAUUGGCGGAAUACUGAUAAAGCCGUGAACUGGAUAAAGGGAGAAGCCAUUAACCUUACUGAACCAUUUGUUCUUUACUUGGGACUAAAUUUACCGCACCCAUAUCCAUCACCUUAUGCGGGAGAAAAUUUUGGAUCCUCUACAUUUUUAACAUCUCCCUAUUGGCUUGAAAAGGUAACUUAUGAAGCUGUUAAAAUACCCAAGUGGUCUUCUCUUUCAGAGAUGCAUCCAGUAGACUAUUAUUCCUCUUACACAAAGAAUUGCACAGGAGAAUUUACAGAGCAAGAAGUGAGAAAUAUUAGAGCAUUUUAUUAUGCUAUGUGUGCGGAGACAGAUGCCAUGCUGGGUGAGAUUAUUUCAGCUCUGAGAGAUACUGGGCUUCUUAAAAGAACAGUCGUUGUAUUCACAGCAGAUCAUGGAGAACUUGCUAUGGAACACCGGCAGUUCUAUAAAAUGAGCAUGUAUGAAGGAAGUUCACAUGUUCCUCUUUUGGUCAUGGGGCCAGGUGUAAAAGAACAGCAGCAAAUACCAAACGUGGUAUCUCUCGUGGAUAUAUAUCCUACUAUGCUUGAUAUAGCAAGGAUUCCUGUCCCGCAGAACCUCAGUGGAUAUUCUCUCAUACCGCUCCUGCGUGGGAAGGCUGAAAACGACGUGUCACCCAGAGCACCUCGUCCCUCGUGGGUGCUGAGCGAGUUCCACGGCUGCAAUGUGAAUUCCUCCACCUACAUGCUGCGAACGGGCAGAUGGAAAUACAUCGCGUACUCCGAUGGCCGCUCGGUGCUUCCACAGCUGUUCGACCUUUCUGCCGAUCCAGAUGAGCUAACAAACGUUGCCAUGAAAUUCCCAGCAGUUGUACAUUCCUUGGACAAAACACUCCACUCUGUAGUAAACUACCCGAAGGUUUCUUCAUCUGUUCAGGAGUAUAACAAGAGACAGUUUAUCAGCUGGAAACAAAGUUUGGGUCAGAAUUACUCAAAUGUAAUUGCCAACCUUAGGUGGCAUCAAGACUGGUUAAAGGAACCAAAAAAAUAUGAGGAUGCAAUUGACAAGUGGCUUAGUCAAAGUAAGUAAAUAAAAACAACCUAGAUGUAAUAUGACUGAGAAUAUGAAAACUUUCUGCAUUUGUAAUAUUAUGCUGUAUUUCAGGUGUUAGAAUUAUUGUCUUAUAUAAGCUACUGAAACCAAAGAUGCCCAAACAAUGACUGCUCUGUGUUAGAAAGCCAGAAGCAUUUUAUAUAACUACCCAGCACAACAAAUCUAGAUUUUUACAUGUUACAAUUCUGUAACACUUAAUUACACAUGGGAAGGAUAAUACAUAGGUACUAAUUACACAUACAGAAUAUUUAGCUGGUGGCAGAAAUGCAGAGUAUUAGCGUUAGAGCUCAACAGGAAUUUCCAUUUCCAAGGACAGAGUAAAGCAAGGAUUGCAGAACUUACUGUAGUGGGAUACCAAUUACAGUGGAAUGUGCUGCAGCCAACUUUACAUCAAGAUGGAUUGUAAGUCCACAAUAAAUAAACAUUCACCUUGGAGAAGCUGUAGUGGUUAAAAUAUAAUCAAUAAGUUAACAACUAGUAUUGGCCCGAACGUAGAUGCAGUUUAUUCAGGUACUUACUAUGUCAGCAUUCCUGUUUUAUACAUCUCUCCAUCCUUUCCAGAUCUGCCUUCUAAUUUUGCUUUUGGAUCUGGUACUUACCACUCUGUGCUCUUUAAAAUUUAGUAAUAUGGAUAGGCUACUAAUUGAACAUGUGUGCAAAUGGAGAGGAGUCUGAUCUCCAGUCACUAUUGGAAACGAAAAAACCCCGAACAAAACC